ACUGUGGAACUUCAGAGGGGUCUUCUGGUGUGCCUGUUCUUUGUUCUGGCCGAAUGCCGUAUUAAAAUCGAUUUGUCAUCAGAAGAGUAUCCCGAGAAAGAUUUUACGAACAGGCGGUCCACUUUAGAAUCAUUCCGAAACCGUAAGAUUCCUACCGAAGCCGAAGAAUUGACCGGACGAGAAUUGAUCGAUUAUGUGAACAGCCAUCAGUCAUUGUGGAAGGCAAAGGAGAAUCGCCGUUUUGCUCGCUAUCCAGAUCGCACCAAAUGGGGCUUGAUGGGUGUGAAUCAUGUGCGCUUGAGCGUGAUGGCAAAACAGCAUCUGUCCACCACCAAGGACUUAGAUAUUGACAUUCCGGAGUCGUUCGAUUCGCGUGAAGAAUGGCCAAACUGCGAAUCCAUCAAAGUGAUCCGGGAUCAGUCCAGCUGUGGUAAGUGCAUAGGGAGCCCUCAGGAUCCUGCUGGGCGUUUGGAGCUGUUGAAGCGAUGUCGGAUCGAAUUUGUAUUGCCUCCAAGGGAGAGAUCCAGUCUGGCCUAUUUUAUCUUAUCUAUAUUUAGCUGCAACGGCGGCGAUCCACUGGCAGCCUGGAAAUACUGGGUGAGGGAUGGAAUCGUUACCGGAUCGAAUUUCACCGCAAAUCAAGGCUGUAAGCCGUAUCCGUUCCCACCCUGUGAGCAUCACUCAAAUAAGACCCACUACGAUCCCUGUCGCCAUGAUCUGUUCCCAACUCCUAAAUGUGAGAAGAAAUGUGUGCCGACGUAUAACGAGAAGAGCUACAAUGAGGACAAGUAUUACGGAAGGAACGCCUACGGAGUUAAAGACGAUGUAACUGCUAUUCAAAAGGAGAUUUUGACACAUGGCCCUGUUGAGGUGGCUUUUGAAGUCUACGAGGAUUUCCUUAACUACGCUGGAGGCGUCUAUGUGCACACAGGCGGAAGACUUGGUGGAGGACACGCAGUGAAAAUGAUCGGUUGGGGAGUCGACCAAGGAAUGCCGUACUGGCUCGUCGCUAACAGCUGGAACACUGACUGGGGAGAGGACGGUUACUUCCGCAUUCUGAGAGGAGUAGAUGAAUGUGGCAUCGAAUCCGGAGUGGUUGGUGGUGUGCCGAAGCUGAACUCAAUCCACCGCAGACGCCACGCGAAACGUCACACAAGACGCCACGCAUACGAGGAUGAUUUCUUCUAA